AUGUAUCUUGCUACCGCGCUACCUCUUAAUAAUACAGCUUUAAAUAAUAUUACUGAGGGUUCGAGUACUGAAAAACUAUCCAUAGGAUCAAUAAAUUUGCCUCCAUCUCAUGACAAUUUGAAUCAAGGCAACGCAAGUAGUAUUGAAAAGUCUGAUAAAACUGAAAAUAAUUCAAAUGACUAUCAUGAAGGGAGGGGAGACACACCUCUGCUUGAUUUGGGAGCAUAUGAGGAACAGCAUAAUAAAGAAAAAGAAAUCGCAUUAAAUACCACUUACGAAACUACUAUAGAAAAUGAAAAAAUGGAAAAUAAUGUUUCUAAUGAGUUUGCAGAACCUAAGUCAACAAGUAAUAAUCCUAUUACAGAGACAACCACAUUAUUAGUAGAAAGCACUACUUUACCUUUCUCUACUGAAAAGGAAGUAGAAACAACAUUAGUAUCUACAUCUAACUCUCUUCAGGAAAUAAAACAAUUAGAAAACCAAAAGACUACGCCUUUACCUCUGUUUGAUAUUCAACACAAACAGUUGAAACAAAAUAUAUUUUCACCAGCACCCAAUGCUGGUCCAAAAAACGAACUAGUGUCGGAAAAACAAGAGAUAACAUCUUCCCCUGUUCUUAAAUCUAAUAGUCAACAAAAAGAACAAGAAUUAAAGAGUAAAUCGAGUAAAGUAAGUGAAGCACCGAAAACGCCUUCAUCAAUUCAUGUACAUGUAAGUCAACCAAAAGAACAAUUACAAGAAAAACAAGAGAUAACAUCUUCACCUGUUCUUAAAUCUAAUAGUCAACAAAAAGAACAAGAAUUAAAGAGUAAAUCGAGUAAAGUAAGUGAAGCACCGAAAACGCCUUCAUCAAUUCAUGUACAUGUAAGUCAAACAAAAGAACAAUUACAAGAAAAACAAGAGAUAACAUCUUCACCUGUUCUUAAAUUAGAUAGUCAACAAAAAAAACAAGAAUUCAAGAGUGAAGCGAGUAAAGUAAGUGAAGCACCGAAAACACCUUCAUCAAUUCCUGUAUAUGUAAGUCAACCAACAGAACAUUUACAAGAAGAGCAAGAAAUAACAUCUUCACCUGUUUUUAAAUCUGACAGUCAACAAAAAGAACAAGAAUUCAAGAGUGAAGCGAGUAAAGUAAGUGACGCACCGAAAAUGCCUUCAUCAAAUCCUGUAUAUGUAAGUCAACCAAAAGAACAAUUACAAGAAAAACAAGAAGUAACGUCGAUAAGUUUUCCGAAAUCACAAACUCAAUUAAAGGAAGAAACCUCAGUAAGUGAACCGAAAACCGCCUUAAAUUUACCCGACACUGAAACACAACAAAGCGGACAAUCAUUGAAAAAACAAAUCACGCCAUCUUCAAAUUCAUUUGCUUCUGGUAAUUCAGAAAGACGAGGAGAAACAAAAGGUGAACAUAAAAAACAAUCCUCAUCGCCUGUAAUUAAAAGUGAACAAAAAGGACAAGAAUUAAAAAGAAAAGACAAAACAUCACCAUUGUUAUCAGCAUCGAAGGUAAAGUAUCAAAAAGGAUUUGUAAUACCUUCAUCUGAUUCUCAUGUUUUACAAAAAGAGCGAGAACCAACUGCAGAAAGGAGUAAUCCUGCAAUUAAGCUAAAAGAACACAAAAUGAAACAAAAACCCGAAGCUGUAGGUACUGUACUUGAAAGUCUACAAAAGCAUAAAUUACCAGAAAGGGAAAAGAUCACUUCUUUACCUAUAUCUGAUAUUCAGAAAGAAGAUGAAUUAGGAGAAAUGUAUAAUUGUGAAGAUGGAAGAAUUUGGUUUAACGUAGCCGUGCCUCCUCUGCUUUAUGGUAAUGGAAUGCAGGCGCAUGUUCCGUUAGAUCUUUCACCAUUGCCAAUUUUUUUACCAUAUCCAAACCCCUUCUUUUUUAAACGGCCGCUUAUAAGAUAUCCUAAUUUUAUGAUUGUUUAA